AUGCAGCCCCGGAUGAUUAGGUAUGUGCUGGGACGGCAUGACAUCCACAGAGUUCAUAACAAUUGUGAUCCCAUUCGACACAUUACUUCACACGGGAUGCGUGCUGAGCCCAGUCUUAUAGCUCGUCGAAUUGAGGAUGCAUGCGAAAAGAGCUUUAUUAGCUUUGAGGAUAACGAAACCCAUGUACCGAUAGUUCUUGCACCAUCAAAGUACUACCAUGUAAGUGGAAUCAUCCAAGAACUAACUCCCGAAUUGACACCGGUGAAUUUGACACCUAGCGAAGAAGACGCGAGAUCCAACGAAUCAACUUACGCGACUGAUAAUAGUGACGAUACCUCUCCCACCUCCAAUCACAAUUCUUCACAGAACUCUAUACAACAGACUCUACAUGAUGAUCUAGACCUGAUAGAGGACAGUGCUGACGUCGCUCCUAUUGACUUAUUGGCAGGAUCUAAGAACGCUGAAAACAAUCAGUUGAUCAGCGCUGAGCAAUCUGGCUUACAUCUGCAAGCUUCAGACAAUGGCACCUCGUCAGUUGGAGCACCCUUUUCCUAUGCUAGAGCAUCUUUCAAGGUUGACUAUGAAGAGUCCGCUGAGCUAUGUCUGAUAGGGCGGCUAAUGGUCCCUUCGGUCUUUGUGAAACUAUUAGAUCUAGGCAAAUCAUAUGCCAAAAGUUCGUUGCAAAGCGCAGGAAUCCACAGGCCGCAAGACAUUCCACUUCGCAUUGUGCUGGAGUUGGUUCCAAUUAUCGUAAGCCUAUUGCUAGCUGAUUCUAGGUACUUUUCAGAUUUGCUACACGAUGUUAAUCCGGCAUCUAGUUAUCAACCAGAGCAGUGUCAGACAAAAUUUGUAAGGUUGCUGACCAAUGGUAUCGCUGAUGUGAGAAGCACUGGAGAAGCAAAGUUUUGCCACGCGCUGUUAACCCCUCCUUCAUCUGCUGUGCUUGUUAACCAUACCAUUAGGCUUCUAUCAGCUUUAGUCUGCGACUCAAUAAGUAACGAGCGUCACGCAAACAUUUAUUCUGCGCUUAAAAAGAUCUAUCCACGGUCCGAUGAAUUGGUGAGUUCUCGCCCUGCUCCCUUUACCAUCGUUCCGCUGGAACCGUGUUAUAAAUUCUUAGAAGAUAGAAGGCUGAUGGCACAAUACACUGAAAGCAUACCGUGGAUCGUCCGGGGUAUUGUCGAGGUUAUAUUCUUGGAAUUCUAUGCUGUACACACCAUACGGCUUCCUGUCUUGGAGCAACCGUUCCGCUUACCGAGCCUUGACCGGAUGUACAAUGUUUGCACUUUCACCAUGGCCUGUCUUUUCAUACGUCAAUACUGUGAGGCACAAAGCGGCACUUUGACAACGAACCAGCAUGCUUCCUCAUCAACCAUGUCAACACAUCAUGGCAUCCUCCUCUCAUUAGGUGCUUCUCUCCUUGGGCACACUAAAACUUGGCUGAAGGAGUCCUUAGGUGAGUGUCACGCAUCUGCCUAUCAGUCAUCUAUCUUGGAAAAACUGGACAAGUACAUAGGGGACUGGGGUACCGUGAACCUCUUUUUACGUAGCUCACUUCUGCAGUUAGCUACUAUGGGUUUAGUCUCUAGAAACGAAGUGCCAUUUAAACUAGAGCCGGCGUUCCUUCUGAAGCAAUCUAUCAAUUUGACGAAGGCUGAUCCCGGCCUUGCUAAUUAUUAUCCUGGAGACUACUUGGACUCGAGUAAUUUGAUUGGAUACUUGCUUGGACUGGUAACAAGACCCCUUGCAAUUGAUUCUCAGAGAAUAAUGUCUAUUUACCUGGAGCUUCUAAGCUAUUUUGGGAUCAAUUCCAAAUGCACUAGUGUAUUUACUGAUAUGAUUAAUACGCUUUCAAGAUUUAGGCAUCGACAAGACUCUAGUGAAGCAACGAAGGUAAAAGAUAAGCUUGGAAAAGAGAUAACCCAUCUUUAUGAAAAAAUAAGGAAACCGUUGAUGGAAAGCAAGGGUAUUGCAGAAGUAAAGGCGCGAAGAAAGACAUCCAACCAGUCACCGCCUAUAUUUAUCUGUUUCCUGCUAAUGUUUAUUUUCCACGUCUUGCUGCGCAGUAACUCAGUGAUAAGACAUCCGGUGCACGUUUUCCUUCAAUCACCGACUGACGCAGCUAUCCUCCUCUACCCUCUUGCACUGUACAGGCUUGCUUCUAAACACUACGGAAGCAACGCAAUGAGGCUUAUAAUUCCUCAGUCGUCCAAGCUCUCGUGUCUUACAUCCAUUUUUAACGACCUGAUCAAUUACCUUGAGAGCCCUUCGGAAACGGAACCAGAGGUCAAGAAGAGGGCUGAAACUACCUCGAAACUUCUGAUCAUCUCGCUGGAAGAAGCAAAAGAGGCUUUAAACUUGGUAGAUAUCGCAGAUGCAUCCGAUGAUCAAAGAGAGGUCAAAAUAUAUGUGCACACAGACCUAUCUAAUCACGUGCUCUUGUCACGUGCAUCUCUUGUUACUAACAUUCCUUGUCAGUUUGCACUUUUUGACCAGCUAAUCACAUCUUGCGAUAAACUUUCAACUCUGGUUUUUUAA